AUGGUGCUGGACCCUGCAGACCAACAUCUCAGACAUGUUGAAAAAGAUAUUCUGAUCCCAAAAAUAAUGAGAGAAAAGACCAGAGAAAGGUGUUCUGAACAAGUUGAAGAUUUUACCAGAUGUUGCAUGGAUUCUGGAAUCCUUAUGAUAGUAAAAUGCCGGAAAGAAAAUUCUGCAUUGAAAGACUGUCUAACUGCUUACUAUAAUGAUCCAGCUUUCCACGAAGAGUGCAAACUGGAAUAUCUCCAAGAAAGGGGAGAAUUCAGAAGACCUGGAGCCCCUACCAAGAAAAGGCUACAGAAGCUUCCCACAAGCAUGUAGGCAAAUAGUGAGUCAGGAAGUCACACAUUAUGGAAACCAUUUGCAAUGUAAACCAGAAAUGAUGAACUGAAACAAUAUUUGCUCACCCUGAUUAUGA